AUGUUUUUCUCUGAACUCUCACCACAGAUCCUGGGCCUCAUCAUCGUUCGAAGGCUUCUGGACCUCAUCUUCUCCCAGCAUGAUUUGGCCUGGAUUGACAAUAUCCUCCCAGAGAAAGAGAAGAAGGAGACGGAUAAGAAGAAGAAGAGAAGGAAAGGGGUCCCUGAGGACAGUGAUGAGGAGGAAAAAGAUCUUCCAGUUGGAGUUACUCAUUCUGAUUCUUCCUUCAGUGACUCAGACCUUGACCGAAGCAUCACUUUGCACUUCAGAAUUUCCUGUCCAGCUUCACCUGCUUUCAACUACUCACAGAACCCAGUGUUCAUGGUGCCACAGGUGAAGAUAGAAAUGGAGUCAGACUGUGACUUCACAGAUGUGGACAGAUAUGGAAGAGAAACUGACGGCGAGACCACCCUCUAGGACGCAGCUUCCCCCAGAUGUGGUUUAAUCUUCACUGUGGAAGGACAUGGUUUAAUCUUCAUUGUGAGGUCGGGGCCGAAUCCCUGAACUUCCCUGUGCCGGUUUCCUUAUUUGCCAAACCGAGGGGUCACUCCACUGGAUAAAAAACUGACCUGUGGGUGAAAAGUACUACUUAUGUGCAAAGCUAUCUCCUUUUUGUAGUUAUGAAAACAACAAAGGAAACAUACUUUAUUUUAAAAUGCCGUCCAGGAUAGAAAUUAUAACAUGUCUUGAAAUGAAAAAAAUGCUUGCCUCCCCAAAUUAUAGCUAGGAUAAAGGGGCAAUAGUAAAUUUUUAUUAAAACAAAUAUCAAUUAGAUUUUUUUUUAAGUUUAGAUUUUAAAGUAUCUAGAUGGUCUUGAAAGAACUAUUAAAAUGCUCACACUUCAGUACACCAACGUUGGAAAAUUUGUUUUGCAACUUGGCAUUGGGAAGAAAUAUUUCAAAGGUCCUAUCUUUCCCUAUCUCAUUCAGUUUUCAAAGGGUCAUUUGUCAAGUCUGAACCAUCUGCAUGCAUUGCGGCCUUGUUCCAGCACAGAAGUGUGACUGGAGCUUUCCCAGAUUGAAAAGCCAGUUGUGAAAGUCUGUUAAUGAAAGAACCAACACAUUAGAGUGGGUAAAUGUUUCUAAAAUAAAAUUGUUCUUGUUAAAGUGAAACUUCAAACCACAUGUUACAGCAACAAAAUGACCCUUUAAAUUAAUAGCACUGGUUUUUCACAUCCAGAAUAAGAUUUCUUUACACCUUCAGGGAGACUCUUCCUACAAGUUUUCAAUGGCCUGAUUCCCAAAGUCAAACUCCCAUCCACAUGACUGCUGCAUGUUAGGCAGAGCUAAUGUAAAAUAUUAAAUUAUAACUUUGCAGUAUUAGAUUACUACUUUAAAGGAAUGAUUAGAAGCCAAGUUGGAUAGAUUAAUGACGCGUUAGUAAAGAAGCAUGAAACUUACUAUCAGUCUGUCUUCAAUCCCCAUUUGACAAACAUCAACAUUGUUUAUUUAACACCUACUAUGUGCCUGAUAGCCGCAAUGCAUAUGACAUUUACUGUCUCCAAAACAACUAUGGAUUUGAAUUUCAAGUAAAUCUCUUUGGUUAGUCGCCACAUUUACUCAAGAUUACAAAUGCAGGUGCUUUUUUCUUUAUUCUUUUCUAUUUUUUAAAGACAAAUGACACUAGAUCAUUAACAUUUGGGUACUAGGACAGCUAAUUGCCUCUGCGAUCUUCAGAGCCUUGUACAGUGCCUGGUCCAUGGAAAAACUCUCAGUGUUUAUUAAAUCUCAGAGCUCCUUUCCAAGGGAUACUGCCAAGAGGUAAAGCUCUAAGCCUCUCCCACUUGAUCACAGCAGAAUGACUAAGCUGCUCACUAAUCCAGAACCAUCCCCUGAAUUUAAGUGCAAAUUCUGUAUCUUCAUCUGCACCAAUCCUGGAAGAGCUACAAUCUACCCUUAACAUCUAUUUUAAAACUUGGCUGAUUUCCAAUGGCACUUUGUCCAAAUUAAACUGUAGAAAUGUUAUGGAUUCCGGAGUAAAUGUGCUUGAUUAAUCAAACAAGUUGGAAAACUAUGAUGUUAGUUUUUUGUUGUUGUAAAUUGAUCACUGUAAUUUCCACCUUCUAUGUCAUUUAUAUUUUGUACACACAUGAACAUUGUAAUUUUGAUAGCUUUUAACAGGUUGACAUAUUGUUACUUCUCCUUGCAGUAGGUCAGAACUAUUUUCCCAUUUGUAACUAUAAUUCAAUAAAACUUAAUCCUGUCUGCUCAUCUUGCAAA